GAUCAGGAGCUGUCAAAGAGGUCGCACAAAUCAGACGAGCAAAACAAAACUGUUAAUCGAAAAUUAAAAUUUUGUGAAUUUUCUUCACAUCUUUGGCGCGUUCUGUAUCCUGCUAAAAUCCGCAAAUCAGUGAUUCCUUCACCGUUCCGGUUCGGCGUGUGCAUUUAAUAAACAUCCUGUCCAUCCAUUCAAAGUGUUCCAUCACGCGGUCCGCACAUUUCACAAGCCUCAGCAACUCGAGGCUCGUAUUACCGUCAGUGCAUUUCUCAUAAACUCUUGUGUCAGCGAAAACGGGCUCUCCCCCAUUCAACGCCAGUUUCGAUGACCUGAUAGCGCAGUGUGCUCUCCUGCGAACAAUCCAACAGAUUCUUCCAAAUGAUCCCGCUGGUGUGACCCCCGGGGAAAUGCUGCAAACUCUGGCCCUGCGAUGGUUCCGUCGGUACAAAGUGUUCUUUCUGAUCGGUCUGCUGAUUGUCGGGGCGCAAAUCUUCCUGGCCUAUAAGCUGCUCAAGAUACCCGUUUCCGGCACCGGAAGCAACGAGGAGCGUGAUUUGAGCAAACGGCUGUACGAGAAGUAUGUCAAGAAGGUGGCCGGAUCGAACCUUUCAGCCGACGAUGAAGACCCUGCCGGGAACCAGGUGGAGCAACAGCAGCAGCGUGGCGGAGAUGCACACGGGAAGGAGGACAAAGAUCUGAGGAAGGACCAAGGAAGAACAUAUCUGAAUUUGAAUGAUUUGGAUUUUGUGCCGCCGUGUGACGUUCGAAGCAAGGAAACGAUUUCGGCGGUUCACAGGGCUAAGAGUCAGUCGUGCAAACGGCAAAUCCUGGACAUUGCCUGCGAGAUCCAGAAGGGGACAUUCUACCCGAGAAGGUUGCCCAAUUUUUGUCCGAAUGGGCAUUACGUUCCCAAUCGGGAGUUGGGCUGUUUUCAGGACGAAAAAAACUUUCGCCUACUGUCGGGGUAUUACACAAAUUUUAAAACAGUCAAUUCACCGCGGCGCUGCAUCCAGCUAUGCCUGCAGUCCGGAUUUCUCUACGCGGGCGUACAAUACUCGAGCGAAUGUUUCUGUGGCGACGAACCCCCAAAGGCUUCCGCGAAACUGCCCGAUUCCAGCUGCAACAUGAAGUGUUCCGGAGAUCCAAAGCAAGCCUGCGGGGGAUACUUUACCACGAACAUUUACGAAACCGGAAUUGCAAAAUUCAGCCCGCAAACAACAGAAGUAACCACCAGAGCCGGUGAGGAACCGGUGCGAAUCGCAUUCCUGCUCACGUUGAAUGGCCGCGCCCUAAGGCAAGUCAAUCGAUUGUUGAAAACGCUGUACAGUCCAAGACACUACUACUUCAUACAUGUCGAUUCGCGUCAAGAGUUCCUCUUCCGAGAGUUGCUCAAACUCGAACAACACUUUCCCAACAUCCGGUUGUCUCGAAACCGCUGGUCCACGAUUUGGGGUGGAGCAUCGUUGCUGCAGAUGCUGCUCGGCUCGAUGGAAUAUCUCCUAAAGGAAACCCCCGGCUGGAAGUGGGACUUUGUGCUGAAUCUGAGUGAAAGCGACUUUCCGGUGAAAACGCUGGAUAAGUUGACGAGCUUUUUGAGUGCGAAUCGGGGGAAGAACUUUGUGCGAAGUCACGGCCGCGAAGUGCAACGAUUCAUUCAGAAGCAGGGCCUGGAUCGGACUUUUGUCGAGUGUGAUAACCAUAUGUGGCGAAUUGGGGACCGAGUGCUGCCUGCGGGGAUUCAGAUCGACGGGGGAAGCGAUUGGAUCUGCUUAUCGAGGGAGUUUGCCCGUUAUGUGACGGAAGGGAGGUAUGAAGACGAACUCAUAGCCGGGUUGUUGAUUAUUUGUAGACAAACUAUACUGCCAGCGGAGUCGUUUUUCCAUACGGUUCUCCGCAAUUCCGAAUUUUGCAAUACUUACGUGGACAAUAAUUUACACGUUACCAACUGGAAGCGGAGGCUAGGCUGUAAGUGUCAGUACAAACAGAUAGUGGACUGGUGCGGGUGCAGUCCGAACGACUUCAAGCCGGAUGAUUGGGCCAAACUGCAAGGAACCGAAGCCAAGCAGUUCUAUUUUGCCCGGAAGUUUGAACCCAUUAUCAACCAGGAAGUGAUUUUGCAAUUAGAGGAAUGGGUUAAUGGUCCUUACCCAGCGGACUAUCCGAAUUUGCAUUCAUACUGGCAAAACUUCUUCCAUCAUGAGGACAAAUUCGAUUCCAUCGAGGGAGCCCUGCUCAACGUAGUGCACAGCAUUCUAAGAAUAAACGCCAAGUCAGAGCUCAGCCAGUUUCAGGAACCGUUCCGGAUACGAGAGUUGAAUCAUUACAUAGACCGCGAUCACUACCGAGGAUUCCUCAUCCUGUACGAGACUUCGUUGGCCGAUGAGAUUGUCCUGCUGGAAACCCGCGUCCAGCCCACCUUUUCCGCCCAAGUGUCCAAAUCGGUUGCUCUCGGUCGUCGAAUAACGCAACUUGAAGUGAACACCGAUUACGAUCAGAAAGAGCAGGUUUCUCGCAAUUUCCAAAGGGUCAUCGGAACCAAUGCAGAGCUGGCCCUUAUCUUCCGUUUGGCCGGAUCCCGAGCGGAAAAGAACACCACCAGUUAUCCGUUGACCGUUUUGUGGUUUGAUUCUAAAGGGGAACUGGCCGAUACCACUGAAUUGACCAUUGAGGAUACCCCAUCCGGUCCGCCGGAGAAUCUGAUUCAUUUCAGCAAAAUGGCCAAUUUAAAGCCCCCUCUGAUGGCUGGGAUUUGGACUGCCAAACUGGUCCACAAGAAGGUCCUGCUGGGCGUCACUCGGUUCCUGGUCGUCAACAGUACUACGCCGAUGGGAACGGAACUUCCCAGUGCAAACGAAACUACCAAAGAGCAACAACUUCAAGAGCAAGCGGAGCAGCUAGAUAGGUUAGUGCAGCAGUUUUUUAAUAUUAAGGAAACCUGUUGGGUGGGGAAGGAAGGCGAGGAGCGCCGAGUGGCUCGUCCGGAGGGCCUGGAGGAGUGUAGUAAAACAAAUUGGAGCAGCUACGCGCCGGAUCCGAAGAGCGACCUUUAUGGGGCUGCAGCUAGUAGGUAUGCUGAAGGAGGGAUGGGAUUCCUGUAAGAUAUCAAGCAUUUAGAAUCGCAUAGAUAGUAAGUUCUUUUCUUUGUUGAUGGUUUUAUUUGGUUGUGUUUUAGCUGUGUAAUAUCUUUAAAGAAGAUAAGGAACAACAGUAAUUUAUGUUAGUGCCAUUGUUUUUUUUUUACGAACGGCUGGAACUCAAAAGAGCUAGUCCAAAUCCGUUUUUAUUUGAGUUUAACUCAAUUUUAUGCUCAAUCAAAUCCUCGAAUCUUUAUUUUGAAAUACAUUGUGAAUUUUAGAUGAAAAAUAGGGUGGAUCAUAGCAAUACAUGGGCAUAUCAAGUGAAAUCAAAAGUUUUCCGGUUUUAUCUGGCAUCUGAAAGACAGCAUGGCCAAUCUAAUUCAUUUUGCGAAAACAUAUUUUUGUCUUGUCUAGCCAUAAAAAAAAAAUACGUAUAAAGAUGACGGAAUUCUGUGCAUCGUUUCAAAUAACUCCCAGCUUUUAACUAAAAACAGGCAAUAACGUAUGCAAUUUUCAGCAAUCUUCCUUCAAAAUCUUCACUACAAAUUUCUCUUAACAGAGUUGCCAGAGAUAUUAUUCAUAAUUCGAACAAAAUAUUCAGGAAUUGUUUGUACUCAUAGUGGUUUCUGCUUUUAGUGGUGUUGCGUAAUACGUGUACGUAGCAUUACACGAACACUACCUGAGUUACUACUGGUUGAAAAUAGUAAACAAAAAUCAGCUGUUCCCGGCAAAAUCAAAUGGGCAUAUUUUCAACCAGUAGAUUUGCGCCGCGCUGCGAAACCACUAUUCAGGAUGUUUUGGAUUUUUAAAUUAAUUUGAACAUUGGUAAUUACUUUUAGGAAGGGAGCCUUCACUAUUCUUUCAGGAAAUCCUUAUAACAUGCUUUAGGAUACCAUCUCUUUAGGAUUUUUUUUCCACUGAAAAUUUAUGUUGUACGCGUAUAACAUGCCUGUCCGAGAUUCAGAUGUUCAAUUCGACACUGAUUUUUCAUUUGGGCCUAACUGACAUUCUCGAGUUCUCUUCAUCAAUCCUCUCUUUGUGUUAUCACAGUAUGUGUAUUAAGUUUUCUAAAGAUUUUUAGGUUGAAAUGCGAAGAAGACGACUACAUGUUGCUAUAGAAACAAAAAGAAUAAUGAUUUUGUUUGUUUUCAUCAAGCUAUUAGCGAAAGAGAGAGUCGACGAAGAGAAAUCGAUCAAGUCAGUUAGGCCCUUAUGAAAAAUCAUUGUCGAAUUCUUAGAUUCAAACGCAAUGCAAUAAGCUCACAAUGAGAUAUUUAAACGUUUUUCUGAGGAAAAAAAAUACGAUGACCCACCCUGCUACUCAUACAAUGUAUAGGCUAGAGAUAGAGAGAAAACAAAAUCAGAGCUACUAGUUCAUAAGAUAGUGCGAAGGCGAUAAAAAUGUUAUACCAAAAAAAAAACUUUAAAGAACGCAGCAAAAGUUGUCCAAGUUUUCCUUUCCACUUCUUCUAAGAUACCUACUUUUUUCUCGUUCAAUUCUUCGUCUUUCAACUAAAUCACUCUUGUAAAUGACAUUAACUACUACUAUUAAAUUUAAUACUUUUCGACGGAUAAAAAUUCUGAGAGAGAGAAAUAGAUUAAGAUAAAAGGUAUUACCAUCGCAGUACUAGAAACAUUCGAUAGUUGCAUUUCAAUCCGUACUCAUACAUUGCAAAAUUGAUCAAGUUUCCGCUUUAUUUUCCCUUAGUAGGGUUCAUCUUAUACUCAAAUGCAGGUACCUAUUUAGAUUUUCUCAUUAUAUCAUUUGCAAACAAUUGUUCGUCAAAUCAGUGAAAUCGAAUCGUUAAUAAAAAAAACUGUACAAGAAUGUAUUUUCGAAAACAAA